AGUUGGGUUUCAACAGUCAGUCAGUGUCGGACCGCUUUCGAUGGCGGGAACGCGUUCUGCGUGAAAACGGGCUGUCUCGUGUGGGUGGAUUGAUUUUGGAGCACUAAAAGACCAGAUCAGUGGUUAAUUAAGUCGUUGCUGAGCAGAAGACAACUUGCAAGUGUGAAAUUUCUCCCACAUAAACUGUGAUUCACACAUGGUUGAAAUUCAACGUCGACAUUUCCGCGAAGUGUGUGUGCAAUUUACCUAAAAAUAACAAUUAUUGUCAUCGUGGUGAACUGAAAACUAUAGAAUUUUGGUCUCGAGACUUUCUCGAAGAGUCAGAAAAUCUUAUCACGCAUUAGAGAGUGAGAGAACGAGUGUGUUUUCUGUGUGUGCUUGAGAAGGAACACAAACUCCAGUUAAACAGUGUUAAUCUCCACGAUAUGAUAAACUUCUCCGUGACUUGUUGAAUAUCUCUUACUCUCUCUCGCGGUGUGUGGAAGUUCAUAAGAUGCUGGCUGUGAAGAAUUUCUUUUUGCCCGAGCGGAAGGCGCCGGAAACACCGCGAUUUUCUCGCAUGCCGGAGACUUUUCUCAGGUCCAUUCGACGAAGGUCGCUGCGUGUGAAGAGGACGAAAUCACUGGUGGCGUCUGAACGUGAAAAACGAAAGUCUGAUUCAUUCGUCAACAGUCAGGAAUGGACAAUCUCGAGGUCUGUACCGGACUUGCGGCUCGGCAUUGUGGGAUCGCUGAGCUCCGGGAAGUCCGCCUUGGUGCACCGCUACCUCACUGGAUCCUACAUGCAGGAGGAGUCGCCGGAGGGUGGGCGCUUCAAGAAGGAGGUGUUCAUCGACAACCAGAGCUAUUUGUUGCUGAUCCGCGACGAGGGUGGCCCACCUGAAAUGCAGUUUGCAGCGUGGGUGGAUGCUGUAAUCUUCGUCUUCAGCUUGGAGAACGAGGCGAGCUUUAAUGCGGUUUACAACUACUUCACGAAGAUGUCCCACUUCAGGAAUAGCUCAGAAAUACCCAUCAUACUCGUGGGGACGCAAGAUGCGAUCAGCGAGAGGAGUCCCAGAGUGAUUGAUGAUGUUCGUGCCAGGAAAUUGGCGAGUGACCUCAAAUGGUGUUCCUACUAUGAAACCUGUGCAACUUAUGGACUCAAUGUUGAGCGUGUCUUUCACGAUGCUUGUCAGAAGAUUGUGCAGCAUCGACUGGGCGGACCUCAAGCGCCCCACUCGAUCACACCGACUAACUCGAGACCCACAACGCCUCAGGGAACGCGUCUCGGCGUUGCCAGUUAUCACGGAGGCGUCGGCAGUCCCACGAAUGGCUUCACCACCUCUUCGGGCAGUCCAGCGAGCAAUGCCACUCUAAGUUCUGCCUCGCCGAGUCACAUCUCUGCGUCGCACGGCAAUCUGACGCUGCCUCAUCGCCACCACGCGCUGUCCGCCAGCAGUCAUCACAUCCCCAUUCGCAUCAGUGCCGAUCUGGUGGCGCACGGCGCUGUGGCGGAUCACGCCAAGUGGGGCACCAUUUCGCACGGAUCGUCACAACAGGCGCUCGUGGCGAUUGCCGCGGAGAACAACAACAUCACCAAGUUCGCUCCGCAAGCAGUGACCAGAGAUCUGGACAACUUCCAUCAGGCGGGCACUGUGGUGAAGGAUGUGGCGCCGAAGGAGCUUCCGACGCCCACAUCAACGCCCACGACGAGCAGGAAGAGCAGACGCCGCUCGAAUCUCUUCAUACCAUCGUCGAAGAAGAGCGACGAGAAGCUGAAGAACGGCGGCGAGUUGGGCAGCGGCCGCGCGAUUCCGCUGAAGCAGGGCUACUUGUACAAGCGCAGCAGCAAAUCGUUGAACAAGGAGUGGAAGAAGAAGUACGUGACGCUGUGCGACGAUGGGCGGCUGACGUAUCAUCCCUCCCUGCACGAUUAUAUGGACGAUGUGCAUGGGAAGGAGAUUCAGCUGCAGCUGGUGACCGUGAAGGUGCCUGGGCAGAAGCCGCGCGGCUCCAAGUCCAUCAUCACCAACAGUGCCCUCACGGCGAUCAAGGCGCACGCGAAUGGGCUGACUGACAGCCUGGGUGGGCUGUCGCUGGCGAAGGAGAAGAAGGAGAAGGUGCUCCUGACGGCGUACGACACGCUCAAGGAGCCGGGGAAGAGCAACAGCCAGACGAGUGGCGAUGAGGGUAUCGCGCUGAGCAACAGCAACAGCCAGACCUUCAUCAACGACACGGCCAAAGUGGAGGCUCAGACGCCGAACGUGAAGAAGCGGCACAGGCGCAUGAAAAGCAGCGGCGUGAAGAACAAUGAGUAUGACGAUUCCGACGGCUUUGAGUUCUACAUUGUGUCGCUGGGCAACAAGCAGUGGCACUUUGAGGCCGCCAACUCGGAGGAGAGGGACGAGUGGGUGGCUGCCAUUGAGCAGGAGAUCUUCAAGACGCUCCAGGGCAACGAAUCCACCAAGUCGAAGCAGAACAGCAGCACUGACAUGGCCUCUAUGCAGCUGGUGAGGAGUCGAGUGCCCGGAAACAGUCACUGUGUGGAUUGCGAUGCUCCCAAUCCCGAGUGGGCAAGUCUCAAUCUGGGUGUUGUGAUGUGCAUUGAGUGUUCUGGAGUUCACCGCAAUCUCGGCUCUCAUAUCAGCAAAGUGCGUUCGUUGGGCCUGGACGAGUGGCCGCCGGGACAUCUGAGCGUGAUGCUGGCCGUGGGCAAUUCCCUGGCCAAUUCCGUGUGGGAGGCCAGCGUGACGCGCGGCAGAGUGAAGCCCGGGCCGGUGUCUACGCGUGAGGAGAAGGAGGCGUGGAUCAGGAGCAAGUACGAGGCCAAGGACUUUCUGCCGCCGGCGCCGCAGGCGGGACAUGUGGCGCAGCAACUCACUGAGGCUAUCUUCAGGCCGGACAUGAGGAAUAUCAUCCUCUUGCUGGCUCAUGCGACUCCUGAGCAGAUCAAUGCACCGCUGAAUGCCAGAGACCUCCGGACACCUCUUCAUGUCGCCUGCGGCGUGGGAAGUCUGGCCAUUUCGCAGCUUCUGAUAUGGCACAAUGCCAACAUCAAGCAGCUCGACCAGGAUGGCCGCACGUGCCUGACACACGCUCGGGAAGCGCUCGCAGUCGCGGCGACGUCCGUGAAGGCGAACAGCAGCGGUGUGCAGCACCAUCACCAGUACUCCUUGGAAGCCACGACGGCGCUCGUGGAGCUACUCGUCGGCCUGGGCUGUCCGGAUGCGCAAGUGCCGGCGGGAACGCUGUCCAGGCGACGCGAGACGUUCGGCCAGGCAUUCGAGAAGCUGCCCUCGAGCGUCAUUUAGAGCUCCUCCAUACUCAGGAGCUGUCCUUUGUGAUCACCUUUUUCCUGUCCCUCUUAUUUUAAAAGGAUGACAUGCUAUCUCUCGCCGGUGAUGAGCUUCUUCGCGAAAUUUCCCAAUUGAUAUUUAAGGAUACUUAAGAGAAAGAGAGUCAAAGGCAUUACAUAUUUUAGAAGAGAGUUAAGAGAAAAUCCCAUAGAAAAAUUCAGUAUUAGAGAAUUUCGCAGAUUGAUUAAUUAGAGUUGUUCCAAAAUAAGGAUAUUUAUCUGCUUUAGAGAAGAAAAUUCCCAAAUCAUUCGUUCCCAAGUAUAAACUUUCCGCCUGAUGAAAAUAAUGUGACUUAAGAGAGCGAAGGAAGAGCACAUCACUGAGCAAACUUCUCUGGGGAGCGCAAAGAAGAACACUCUCGCAUGAGAGAUUGUGACCCAGUUAAUAUCAACCACUUUAGAUGUCUCUCAAUAGUGUUGACAAAAAUGAUAAAGGAUGUGUAAAAUUAGCCGUAAUUGCGUAGGUUUUAGCAUGCAAAUUGCAAGUAAUGAUAAUGCCCCUCAAUUUUAUCGGAAACGAAAGAGAGAAAAUUUAGAUCGUUAAUAAGAGACCAUUUACGAUGAGUAUUGCUAGCAAUUGAGAUAUUAAUUUUUUUUUAGGACAAUUUAGUGCACACUUGGCCCAAAAGAUUUGCAAGACAAAUUCCGCUUGAUUUUUCACUUGUUUUCUUCCCACGCAACAGAAUAAAAGAAAAGAGAAUCACUCCCAGAAUGUUGUAUAUAUAGGACUGUAAUCGAUAAUUUAUUAUAAUGUGAAUGUGCUGUAGUAUUUAUAUAUAUAUAUUGAGGAGGAUGAUGAGAAAGCAUUCAGUGAAUAAAAGAGUAAUUAAAAGGA